UCCAUCUCGUUCAGGGACCUAUAGAAGGCUAUGCCGCAAUGGUAAAAGAAAGACCCUUUUACACCAUGCCUGCACGUCCCCCCAUCAAUGUCUAACUGGCAACAGUGUUCAUUCAAACAGUUUCGUUCUGACAGCCGAAUAUAACGUUCUAACAUUCUUCUGGUACGAUACAUAAAAGCGAAGAGAAGAAUCGUUUUCUGCACUGAAACUCAAAAUUGGCUGAUGACUUUGAACUAAUAUUGAUAAGUAUCUUCUAGGGAAUAGAAUCAUCAUGGACAAGACAAAAACCUCCAUGGAAUAUGCCACCCAGUUACUCAAUUACCCACAAAAAACCAUUACUGAUUUUGAUUUAACUUAACAUUUAGUCAUCGGUACACUGGACUCAACUGUUACAGAGUGUAUGGAUGUGAUGGAAAAAUCAUUGUUGGAAAGCUCUGUCUUUGAAGAUAUUCCCAAAGAAGAUAUUGCUAAAGGGGUAGAUCUUCUAAGAUCAAGAUUUUCAAAAAAAAUUGAACCUAUCUGCAGCAAGCUUGAAAGGUUUAUGUUGGAAGUGAUUUUUAAGGUUCCUGACCAUGUACUCUUGCCUGAAGAUGCAGCGCAAAGAACCAAACAUAGUGAAAAAGAACACAAGAAGAUUCUCAGAGAAAUAGAGAGCAUCAAGAGUGAUAUCCAAAUGGAAAAAUACAAAAAAGUAGUUUUUAGAGGAAAAUUAAAAGAAGCAACUGAGACCCACGAAAAUCUUAAAGCUGCGGCCCUUGAAAUUGAAACUACUUCCCAGAAGGUUUUACGGGAAAACAAAACAAUGGACAUCAAAGAAAAUUCUGAAUUUAUCCUUGCGAAAUUUGAGAGGUGUAGAGCUCAGCUAAAGGACUUGCAAGAAUCGGCACCUCCGACAGAGACGAAGGACACAAAUAAACUCUACCGCCCAAAAGAAAAUGAACUGUUCAAAACAAACUAAUAUUCGUUCAGAUUAUUUUUUGUUUCGUGUGGGCAAUUACAUCUCAAUUGAUUACCGA